AUGUAUAGCAGAGUAUUCCCUCAGUCCAAGGACCUGAUCACCGGUGCGGAUGCCAUCAUCUCCUAUGGACCGCAGGAUCCGGAUGACUGCGAUAGCUACAGUUUUGGGCAUAUUCCCAAACCAGCCAAGUCAGCCGACUUCGCCAGUGAACAUAUCCUUGAGUGGCAAUUGUAUUUGGACUUCUGGCGCGACCAAGAGGGCGAAGGACAGACAUUCAUUAGUCCGAACCCCAACGGAGGUAAGGGAAAUGUUGAGAUUUGUCCGUAUUUCAAAUUCUGGUGGGGCAAUAAUAAAUUGAGGCACGAUGCUUUUGGUGCGACAAAUGGGCUCCCCGUUGGUUUAGUCGCCCUCGCCUACGACGAUGAUUUCAAGAGGGAUGAGUUUAUGCUUCUCGAUAAAAAUACGAAUGGUCUGAAAGAACGUCUCUGGGGAAAUGGGGAGAGAUAG